UAAAAAAGUAACAACACUUUCAACACUGACAGUACCAUUAAAGACAAAAUAGAUAUAAAUUGUUAGCUUUAGCCGAGUCACCGCCUGGUUCACUGCCAUGCUCUUCCUCGAAUAAUCAAUGAACAAGGGGCCUCAUGUGAUCCUACGAGGCUGUGGAGUGUCCUAAGGAGGCCAAGUUACCAGACAUGAGGUACCGGCAGGCGCUGGCGGCCGUGGCUGCUGACGGGCAUGCUGCUGCUGCACGGGAUGAUGCAACCACUUCCGGCUGGUCGUGCCCCCGACGCUGAGCCCCGAGCGGCGGGCGGCGCUGACCCCGCGCCCGAGUUCUUCCAGGGCGCCGAGGAGGAGCAGCGCGAGAGGGCGGUGGCGGAGAUGACGCGGGUGGAGGCGGGCGACCCCUUCAGGAUCCACCUGGGCGGCGGGGGAGGGGGUCCUGCAGCGCCCCCCGAAGGCCGUCAUCUGUGGACGGGAUGGAGGAGCGGCUCCACCUUCGUCGGCAAGCUGCUCGCCAAGGCCACGAACACCACCUUCUACAGCUACGAGCCUCUGCACAUGUACAAGGUGCACGUCCUCCACCGGGACCGCAACGACACGCGCGCGGCCGUGAGGCUCCUGAGGGACAUCCUGCGCUGCCGCCUCCUGCGCCACCAGGACCAGGUCUCCUACAUGGCGCACCAGAAGUGGUACCUCAAGGAAAACGCCUUCCUGGGCAACCGCUGCAAGCCCAGCAGAGCGUGCAGCAGCACUGCCUUCGUCGGGAAGGUGUGCCGCAUGGCGAGUCUUCACGUGGCUAAGGUGCUCCGACUGAGCCUGCGAUGGGCGCGACCCCUUCUCGAGGACGAAGAUCUGGACGUCCAGAUCAUCUACAUGGUUCGCGACCCCCGUGCUGUUUUCAGUUCUCGAGCGCGGUCGACUGGUGCACGUCCUCUACCUGCCGCGGCAUCCAGACGGUGUGCUCUCUCCUGGGAAAGGAUCUCGCGGAGGCUGCGGCGCUCCUGCAGGAAUAUCCUCACAGGUUUAUGUUCGUCCAGUAUGAAGAAAUGUGCCAAAACAUGUCCGCAAGCCUCGCUGACAUGAUGGACUUCCUGGGGCUGCCGGUCACCGACGUACAAAAGAACAUGCUGAGGUAUGAAAGCCCCUCCACUGACCCGCACACCAUCGCCAAGAACAGCCUCCUCCAGGCGCAGCUCUGGCGGAAUCUGACGUCCUUCGAGGAUAUUGUGGUCCCCGUCCAGGACAGCUGCAGGGCGUCGCUGGAGAAGCUCGGCCUCAGGAUAUUCUCCUCCUACAAUGAGCUCCAGAACCUCAGCGUCCCUGCAUUGAUCCGGCCUCCUGUACCGUAGUUAUUAAUGGGCUAAAGGGUAGUUAGGAUAGUUGGCUUGUUUGUUAUCACGGUGGAAGAAGUUCCAUUGAGGAAAAUAGAACAGAGAGAUAUUGGCGUUCCUCCAUUUUAAGAUUGUUCGGCGAAGUAAAAUUUCUCUAAAAGCUACAAAGGAAUUUUUAAAAUAAUGGAACAGGAAGAUCCAUUGUUUCGGAAAGCAAUUUUUCCCCUGGAAUGCUGAAUUUCUGAAAUUAAUCUUAAGACAGAGGUCAGCCAGAAUGUAAAUUUUGUUGAAUUUAGUGAAAGAAAAUGUUGAAUUUCCACAAACACGGCUAACGUAAAUCGAAUAUUUUUUCAAAGCAUUACUAGUCGACAUCAAACUCUCAUAUUUAUAUUUAAGUAAACCUAGAGGUGUCUCGGCUUCAAUAGCAUCUAAUUUCAACCAAACAGAUUUCAUGUCAAAAUGAACGAAUCGUAUCUAUCUUACUCUAAAAUCGAGCACAACUUGGCUUCUAAAAGUAGGUCGUGUUAAGGGAACCUCAAUCAUUUUUUCACUGGACUUGUUCACUCCUUUAAAGUUGCACUAUCUGCUUAAUAGAGAAAAUAUUUUUAUAUGGUUGACUACAGUUAAAAUUAAAGGCAUUUUGUCACACCAUUCUGCCCUCUUCUCAUCAAACAAGAAAUCCUGCCGAAUUAGGGGAGUAUAUGGUUUAACUUUUUCCCACUUUCCCCGUUUUCUUUGUCAAUAGUAAGCGAGUUAAUUGAAUCCCUGUAAAUAUCCAGACUUAUUUGUGAAAUACAUAUCACUUGAGCUUUAUUUUUCUUAAAGAUGGUCAAUGGUUUUAGAUGUACUGAUGAUAAAAAAACACGUUAAGGACAAAUGUGACCCAAUUGAUUUGUUUAUUUAAAAUCCAGCCCAAGACUUUUAUUCGUAAUUUAGCUUUUUUUCAUUGGCUUCACUGGAUAGCUGCCAUAUCAAGCUCUAAUCCCAGGUGAAAAAAUAAAUUAGAUAUAAAAUCAAAAUUAUAUACCGAAAACGAUUCUUUUGCUGUAGUAAUGUUUUAGGUCAUGCAGGAGCUAAAAAUAUGCAUUUCGACUUGUAAUCUAAGGCAUAGCAUUUAUAUUCUAUAUUUUUGAGGCAAAAUUAACUUUAAUGUUUUAUAAUUGUACUACUAAUCGUAUAUUUAUUUUAAUGAAUUUCAUAAUGGAUUUCGAUGCUUUGUGCUCACGGGCAAACGCUGCAGUUGCGCUGGAUCUUUAUCUUAUUAUUUUCCUUUUUGUUUAUUUUUAUUUAUUUAUUCAUUUUUUCAUCAUUUUUUUCUUUUCUUUUUGGCUCAGAUAUACCAGUGUAUAAAACAGUCCCCUUGAUUUAUCAUUAUACACCAUGAUCCCGGUUCUUGUAUCCUGGAACACCGAAAAACAAUGUUUAGUUAUA